UGAGUGGUCAUUGAAGAUAAGAAAGGAAAUGAGAGUUGUUGACAGGCAAAUAAGAGAUAUCCAAAGAGAAGAGGAAAAAGUGAAGCGAUCGGUGAAAGAUGCUGCCAAGAAGGGCCAGAAAGACGUGUGUGUGGUCCUGGCCAAGGAGAUGGUCAGGUCCAGGAAGGCCGUGAGCAAGCUGUAUGCAUCCAAAGCUCACAUGAACUCUGUGCUCAUGGGGAUGAAGAACCAGCUCGCCGUCCUGAGAGUGGCUGGUUCCCUGCAGAAGAGCACAGAAGUCAUGAAGGCCAUGCAGAGUCUUGUGAAGAUCCCAGAAAUCCAGGCGACCAUGAGGGAGCUGUCCAAAGAGAUGAUGAAGGCUGGGAUCAUAGAAGAAAUGCUGGAGGACACUUUUGAAAGCAUGGAUGACCAAGAAGAAAUGGAAGAAGAAGCCGAAAUGGAAAUUGACAGGAUUCUCUUUGAAAUCACAGCAGGGGCCCUGGGCAAAGCACCCAGUAAAGUGACGGAUGCCCUGCCUGAGCCUGAGCCUGAGCUUGAGGGAGCCACAGCGGCCUCGGAGGACGAAGAGGAGGAAGAGGCUCUGGAGGCCAUGCAGUCCCGGCUGGCCACCCUCCGCAGCUAGGCCUCUGCCUGGCCCUGGCCUCUCCGUGGUCUCACGGGCGCUGACUCGGGAGAGCCCCGUCCUUGCAUCUCUUGCACUCCAACCGUCGUGAGCGUAACAUUUGGAAAAGGUUCUGUGCUUGCAUCCCUGCACUCCACGAAGGCUCUGGGCUCUUGAAGGUGGUGCAGUGGACACCCCAUCUUCAGAAGGAGGGGCCAAAGUGUCUUAUGGGGGAGGGCCGAGGUCCACUUCCUCAUGAUGCAAGUCUCAGAACAGAGUUGGUUGCCCAGAUGUUGAGGGCUCUGUACUCUGUGUGUGUGAUUGUGAGAGAGUGUGUGUGUGUGUGUGUGUGUGUGUGUGUGUGUGUGUGUGAAAGAGAGAGAGAGAAAGAGAGAGAAGCACUGUGUAAAUGGAUUUUAAUAAAUUCUGCUUUAACACUUGGC